AUGCUGAAGGUGAUCGUUCUUGGUUCUUGCCACGCGCUCUGCUCACGCAGCGCGCUGUGCGAGUCCACGGGCGAUGCCGCCCAACCGUGCCGGAUCAAGGACAACGUCGACUACUACCCCCACCAGCUGCACUUCGCCUACGCCGGUGCCUCUGCUGGAACCGCUAUGACGUUGUCUUGGUCAACCUACGCAGAGGUUCAAGACAGCUCGGUCUGGAUCGGAAACUCCGAGGGGUCCCUGGAGCUUGUCGACACCCCCGUCACUCAGACAAGUUACUACCACGACGAAACGUACAACAUGUUCCACCAUCACGCCACUGUGUCGGGUUUGACACCGCGCACCAAGUACUUCUACAAGGUCGGAAGCAAGGCCAACGCGACCACGUUCAACGUGGUCAUCUACGGAGACUUCGGCGUCGGCAACGAGUCCAAGGAGACCCUCGCGUACGUGAGCACGCUCAACCCGGAAGAGGUGGAUCUGAUCUACCACAUCGGUGACAUCGGCUACGCUGACGACGCGUGGCUCAUGCCGGGACAGCUCGAUGGUUUCUUCUACGAGAAGGUCUACAACGACUGGAUGAACUCGAUGACCCCAGUCAUGAGCUCCAUCCCGUACAUGGUGUUGGUCGGCAACCACGAAGCGGAAUGCCACUCCCCUGCGUGUGCCGCCUCAGCCGAUAGGAUGAUCAUGCUGCGCAACUACACCGCGUACAACUCGCGCUUCCAGAUGCCGUCCAAGGAGCACGGGCCGAUUCACAUUACCUCUCUGUCGUCGGAGACGGACUACAAGGGCGAGCCGAGCAACGAGUUUGCCGACCCUCCUCGUAAUGGCAACUUCGGUGACCAGUUGGCCUGGGUGGAGGCGGAUCUGAAGAAGGCGGACGCUAACCGCGCCAACGUCCCAUGGAUCAUCGUCGGCAUGCAUCAUCCGGUGGAAGGACUCGACCCGUUCCCCGACCGCAACAAUGCUACCUCCAACCAGGCGGUGCUGGACGAGUUUGUCAUGUGGAAGACCGCUCCGACCGGUUGCAACGAGCCGUACUAA